UUUUAUUCGAUAAAACUGUAUUAUAACACAGGUUAAUAGGUAGACGGAUUGACGUCAUAGCGCUCGCGAGCAGCAGGACCAAACAAGAAGCAACAUCCCUGAGCGCGUGCCCAGCAUCCCCGUCAAAUAACGCAGUGAUAAAAGAUAAGAUGGCCACCUCCUCCUCGUCCAAUCUCGAAGAAGACGAAAGUCUAAAAGGCUGUGAGGUUUUUGUGCAGAAACACAACAUACAGCAGAUCCUGAAAGAGUGCAUCGUCAACCUGUGCAUUGCCAAGCCCGAGCGGCCCCUGAAGUUCCUGCGGGAACACUUUGAGAAGCUGGAGAAGGAAGAAUGCAAGCAGAUUAUGGCCCGUCAGAAGUCCAACUCGCAAUCGGAUUCUCAUGAUGACGAAGUCUCUCCUCCUCCUCCAAACCCGGUGGUGAAGGCCCGGCGCCGGAGAGGCGGAGUCAGUGCUGAGGUCUACACGGAGGAGGAUGCCGUCAGCUAUGUCAGAAAGGUCAUUCCAAAGGACUACAAGACAAUGACGGCCCUGGCCAAAGCCAUCUCUAAGAACGUGCUGUUUGCCCACCUGGAUGACAACGAGAGAAGUGACAUAUUUGAUGCCAUGUUUCCGGUCACUCAUAUUGCUGGGGAGACAGUAAUCCAGCAAGGUGAUGAAGGAGACAACUUUUAUGUGAUUGAUCAAGGGGAAGUUGACGUGUAUGUUAACAGUGAAUGGGUGACCAGUAUUGGAGAGGGUGGCAGUUUUGGAGAGUUGGCUCUGAUAUACGGUACUCCACGAGCUGCUACAGUUAAAGCCAAGACUGACCUAAAACUGUGGGGCAUAGACAGAGACAGCUACCGGCGCAUCCUCAUGGGAAGUACGCUGAGGAAAAGGAAGAUGUAUGAAGAGUUUCUCAGUAAGGUGUCUAUACUUGAAUCUCUUGAUAAGUGGGAGAGGUUGACCGUGGCUGAUGCCCUGGAGCCUGUGCAGUUUGAAGAUGGAGAGAAGAUCGUAGUGCAAGGAGAACCAGGAGAUGACUUCUUCAUUAUAACAGAGGGUACAGCGUCUGUUCUGCAGCGUCGCUCUGAUAAUGAGGAAUAUGUUGAAGUGGGCCGUCUGGGUCCGUCGGAUUACUUUGGUGAGAUAGCCCUGCUGCUGAACAGACCUCGUGCGGCUACAGUCGUUGCCAGGGGUCCGCUCAAGUGUGUGAAACUGGACCGGCCCCGUUUCGAGCGCGUUCUCGGCCCCUGCUCUGAGAUCCUCAAGAGGAACAUCCAGAGAUAUAACAGCUUCAUUUCUCUUACAGUCUAACUCGAUCAUCUGACGUGUGUCUUGAGGUUUAAGACCUCCGUCAGGAGACUCGGGUGCCUGGUUGCAUAAAACAACUUGUGACGUAAUUCCACAGUUUUGCUUAAAGGGAUAGUUCACCCUAAAUUUAAAACUCUGUCAUCAUUUACUCAAGAAACAACGUUGGUGAAUUCUCCCUUUAAACUGUUAGUUGAGUUUCUUUGAAUGGGGUCACUCUGUUUAUUAAAAAUAUACAGUUAUAAAGUUCUUUUAUGUAGCCAAGUGCUUAACCUUUCUGCUUUUAUCCUUACGUGAUUUUUUUUUUUUUAUGUGCACUUUGAAUCGAGCCUAUGAUGUCACAAAGCUUUAUUUCUGCAGAUAAAGAGAGGAAAUGAUGUGCCCAAACUGACUGAUAUGAAGCCAUCCUAAUGUGGCAUCAUGUGUUGUAUCACAUGUAAUGCAUGCAGACCAGAAAAUUUGUACACUUGUCAUUCAAAUUCAGAAUAUACGACUAUUGAAUGAUCGAAGAGGAUGUUGGUAUAACAGAUGGCACAAGUAAAAUAUGUUUACAUUGUGGAGAGAGUGGUUUGUAGCUUUUUUUGCCUUUUAGCUGUGCGUUUAGUGUGCAAUUCAGCACGUGAGCUCUGACCCUGUGAUGCAAUCUCUGUUUGGGUGAAUUUCACAAAACCUGGCAAGAACAUGUCCGGGGUUAUAUUUAACCCCAGAAUCAAAAGAAAUAAAUAAGAAUAUAUGAAGUCUGUUUUUGCCUAAUUCCCACUACUUAGUAGGUCCUCGUGGUGGCGCGGUUACUCACCUCAAUCCGGGUGGUGGAGUUGCCUUCGCUUCUGAGACAAUCAAUCCGUGCAUUUUAUCAGGUGGCGGAGACUCCCAGCACGUGGAGACUCAUGCUACACACUGCGAUCCACGCGCAAGUUACCACGUGCCCCAUUGAGAGCGACAACCACUAAAUGUGACCACGAGGAGGUUACCCCAUGUGACUCUACCCUCCCUAGCAACCAGGCCAGUUUGGUUGCUUAGGAGACCUGGUUGCUUAGUAGUCACUCAGCACACCCUGGAUUUUAACUCGCGACUCCAGGGGUGGUAGUCAGCGCCAGGGUUGGACUGGUAAUCUGGCAUACCGGGCAUUUUCCCGGUGGGCCGACGCACUGUGGGGGCGGACUGGCCAUCCGGAGAACCGUGCGGGCCGGUGGGUCGCCAUUGAGAGAAUCUAAUGAGAAGUACCAUUGAUAAAAAUGGGAAUUACCAGAAAACAUAAACAUUUAUUUUUAAAACCAUUUUUAAAAUGGAUUUUCUUUUUGCUAGAUAUAACUUAUAUAAAAAAAAUAAUAAUAUUUUGGGGUGAAAUGUGACCGGGAUAUGUUUAUGUGAGAUUCACCCAUUUACUGAAAAUAAAUAGUUGCCAUUUGUAGUUACAUUUUCUUCUUGGCUGUUCCGUCACCCUUAAGCUUUUUUGUUUUGUUUUUGUUUUUGUGGUUUUUUUACGCUGCGCUUCUACUGCAGAAUUAAUGGGAAGGGGGUUUGUUACAUUUUAAAACACAAGUUUUAAUAAAGAAUGACCAUAAAAGGGGGUUUUAUGGGAAUCUCGAUCAAGUCUGAUGUGUUGUGAGAGUGUAUUUGAAAAUGUAUGCUGUUCCUUUGUUUUUGGAAUUGUAUUCCACACAUGCACAUACACACACACUUACAUGCGGAGGCCGUGACGUGUGUAUUUUAGUAGGUACUAUAAUGGAUAUGUUCCAAAAUGUAUCUAGCGAGCUGCCUACCUAGACAGCAUUUUUAGGCAUCAUAGACGUUUGAAAUGCUUACUUUUACCUAUGACGAACAAAAAUGCCAUCUAGGUGGACACCUCACAAGUUUUGGAGAAACAGCCAUUGUUGGUUAAAGAGAAGUGGGGGUUUUGCAAAGAAUCAUUUUGAAUGUAUCUGAAUGAAUCUGGGAGAUUGUGCAUGCUUUGCUUCAGGGUUUUACUAAAUGAAACACACACACAAUGAACUUUACACUCAUCCUGUCAUUCUAAUCUUCAGGCCAAUAAAGAAAAGCUUCUGAACACCAUUAAAAGCCUUGUAGCUAUUUCCAGCAUCUGUUUGUCUAUUGAAAUCUGCCUUUGAUCUUUUCUACAUCACCUUAUCAUUCUUCCUGUCAGUUUGACUCUCGUUCACUCCGGAUCUCUUUCUCUCUCUCUCUUCUUACUUGCACUGCCAGUCAUAUGUCAGCUUGUAUUGUCAGAGGAAGAUUAAACUAGAG